CUAUUACUUUACGUAAUUGUUUCAUUCAUGAUUUAGUCUGACCGUGCCGUUCAAUUGUUCUUGGAGACUGAGGCGAAUAAUAGCAACUACUACACGGAUUCAUUGAGGUGCGUGAGCUGAACUCUCUCAAAGGCUUGUACGAAUUUGAUUGGCUAAUCGUGUAGAUUAAAUGCAUCGGAUUGGUUAAUAUCUGAACCUCUCUAAUAACAUUUACAAUUUUUAAAUAACAUCAAAUCUGAACCUCUCUAAUAACAUCAACAAGUACAAUUUUUAAAAAUCCGUAACUCGGUGUGUUCAAAUUCCCCGGAACAAAAGUGAUCUUAAAAAUCUAGUGACUAUUUUACUUUCUUUGUAGGGCAUGUUUAGUGGCUGCUAUACGAUCAUCAGGUGCUUCUCAGAGCACCAUCAAGUUAGUGGCGACGAAUCUCAUCGCUAAUGGAAAGCUUGACGGUAAGAUUAAAAUUCUACACAUGCAUGACCGUCGUAUACUAUAUAUAUAGAAACCUGCUGAUGUUUGCGAUGAAAACCAGUCGUGGCGUACCUUUAUUCAAAAAUUACCUCAUUUCCGCUUUAUCAGCACCUAAAACAAGCAUGUUAGUCUACUACCGGGUUUUCUGAGGAACAUUGAGUUUUCAGCUCAAAUUCAAUUUCCAGCCCAAAUUCAAUGCAUUCAUGCUUGUGAUUGCAUACACAGCGACCGUUGUUUCGAGAUGGAUGAGGCAUGAUUACAAAAUCUUGAACUUCACAACUUUAAUAAAGUCCUCUCAGGAAGCACCGAAAAUGCUCUUCUGAGAUUUCGGAAACCCCCCCCCCCCCCUGGUUGAGCCCCAAAAUAGUGAGCUUAAGCAAGUGACGUUUUUGACAACACGGACGUCGACCGGAAGUAAAGUUGAUGUUUUUCACCAAUCACAGCCCUUGACCCAGUCUUCUGAUUUAUUUAGAGGGUGUUCAGUUGCUAUGCAUGAUAGAUAAAGGUUUGGACGCCUGUCGUUAUUUACAGACGUACGGGAAAUGGGACCAGGCAGCCUGGUUGGCGAAGGUUUGUCAUUCGGAUUAAUUUAUAUCAAAAUUGCUACUUGUUUAACCAUAGUUAAUAGAAAGUUUAACGUGUGUUUAACUUUUUAAUCUAGAAUUCGAAGGGUAAUGAUAGGGGCCGGGGGAAACUACAUUCCCGGCAAAAAUUAUUGUGGACAGCGCGCAUGGAAAUGGAAUACCUGCCUUGCCCAAUACAUACGUGCAAAAACAGCGAGCUUUAAGUUCCCCACGCACAAUUGUACUACUAACGCCCCUAUAGGUUUACAGAGACCCAAAAUUUUCCUUUCAAUGUAUUCAUACAAAAUACCGUUUUGUUUUUCAUCAGGCUACACUGGAUUACAAUGAUUGUGCAGAGGUGAUGCGAAGAUGGAUUGAGCAUCUUUCCGGGACUCAGAUCAGUCAACAAGUAUGUUGUGCCAAAAUUUACUCUGGUUUCUGUGUUUCCGCUUUUGAUUUUGUUAAAAUUGUGCUCUGGUUCUGGCUUUUUUCAGCUUAAUAAUGUUGUGCUUUGUUCUUUGUUCUAAUAUAGAGUCGUGGAUUGUUACUUUGCAUCUCCCUUGGACAGUUCAAGAAGGCUUUGCUCAUGGUCUUUGGGUAAGCGUUUUAAAAUAGGUACGCUACGCGUACAAGCCAAGUUAUCAUUAUUGUUCACUGUAGUUUUCUGUAAAGUGUAGCUCAUGUUGUUUACGUUAGUAUUGCUCAAUUCCAGAUUAGGACGUGGACGCAUAUAAGUGAAACUAGUUCAUAACUGAGGCCUGUUUUAGACCUCGAAUUUCCGUAGAAUUUAAUUCGUUGAAUUUAAUGGUUACUGGUAUGAAUAUUACUCGACAGAAAUUUAAGGUCAAUUUUGUCAAUUAUUCGACAAAACCUGUUAAAUACUUAAUGUGCUGGGUGGAAUAAUACCAUUUAAAACGUCAACUACUCUCGAAUUAAAAAAUCAGCAGCAUUAUAAAUUCAACGAAUAAACUUUGACGGAAUUUCGACGUCUAAAACAAGCCUUAAACUCACUAGUCACUAUACUUAACCUCAAAGACUCGAACUGGACUCAAUACCAGGGUGCUCAUAUAUGUAGGCACCAUGCUCAAUCUUGAACCUGAACUCAAUACAGUGUUUCGAUGUAACCCACCAUGCAGCGCUGAUGAAAUAAAUUACUUCAUUUUCAGGAUGCGUUUCUUUGAUCGUGCCGCUUUGUUUGCCGAGGCUUGUUUAGAAUAUGGUCUGUUGCCUACAGAUGACAGUUCUGUGUGUAUCCUUUUGAGCCCAUGUUACGCGAGCCAAUGUUGUUGCAACUUGCAAAAACGCACUCGGUAGCUACUUCAUCUUGCACGGAUACUUUUUAUCCAAAAUAAUAGUGUGCAUAAUAGCUAGGGGAGAAGGGAGGGGGCAGUGUUCCAGGAAAACAGGGGCCUAGGUCUCUAUAAUCACUAAUAAAGUUUAUUAAACUAUCAAACAUUAAACAUCAAACAGGAUCUAAGAUCUUAUGCCAGAAAAUUGUUGAAAUUAAAUUGAUCUGAUUAAAUCAGAGUAUAUCAGAGUGUAAUAAGCACAAAUGUAGAUUGGAUUUGAUAAGGAGGUUAGCACAAUCAUGCACGCCCUUCCCUUUUAUAUUCAGUGUAAAUACCAAAAGGUUCACAGUAUUGUCCUUAAUCCAUACCACAGCUUUGCUACUGGAAUCAGUGUUCACAGAAUACGCUCGAUACCUGUAUGCCAUCGGUUUAAUAAAUGCAGCGAAAUAUUAUUGCACCAAGGGAGGACAGGAAGGCAAACGACUUCUCGAAGAUAUAUCCUGAAGUGACGUAUACAGACAUACACUAGAGUAGUCUGCGCGCCUUUAAAUUAUGCUUCCGCGAGAACACGGGAGAUUUGACCAAAAUCGCCUGUCUCAGGACAAAACGGGUGUUUAAUGCCAUACAGGUGCACGGGCUAGCUUGUUUUGCCGAGAUCCGAGAUUGUUAUGAGUUUCUUCUUGCGCUUGUAUGGGAACCGUCCAACCUCGUACCUAGGAUUCUCUUUGUGCUGGCCGCGAGCUGAAGACCUGCACAAAGAGAACCCUGGGUACGAGGUUGGGAACCGUCUCGCAUAACCGAGAUCUCGCUUUGCGCUGCCAAGGAUCUCGGGUCCGGCUGGAUGUUUCCCAUUUAACAGCAAUUAUCAUUUAUCCUAUUUUGACUUGCGCUAUUGUUACCAUUACCCAAUGGACCUUUCCCCUUAUAACUAAAAUUUUGAUCUAGACAAAAAUUUCAUAACAGCUUGAAAGAGCAUCACAAAAUUAGUAUUAUUCCAAAGUUUCGUUGUGAAAUGUUGUAAAAUGCGGAUAAUAUAGCCUUGCGGAAUUUUCCGUUUUUCAGUAAUUUUGUAUUACGCACGGGAAAUUGACAGCCCAAUCGGGUGUUGGGGAAUCAAUUUCCUGUUUGCAAUACAAAAUGACUGAAAAUUGCAAAUUUCGCAGGGCUUUAUUAUCCGCAUUUUACAACAUUUCGCAACGAAACUUUGGAAUAUUACUAAAUUUGUGAUGCUCUUUCAAGCUGUGAUGAAAUUUUUGUCUAGACUUGUCUAGAUCAAAAUUUUAGUUGUAAGGGGAAAGGUCCAUUAAAUACGUUUAAUCUAAAGCCUGGGUCGUAAACAUUGAGUCACGAUCUUUCUCAUAGUGAUCAUAACUAGAGAAUACUUAUGAUUUACAUGUAGUUUACAAGUAUAAACGUUCGUACAACCACGACACCAGCAUUUGUAUAUUGACAAACUACUUUCAUCCGUUUCCGAUAAGACGUUUGUAUGCAUCACUGAAAAGCUCCUUUAUCGGGUAUAAUUCCAUGCGCCAAAAUAUGUGGACGCCUUUUUGCGGGGUAUUAGGCGAAUUAGGCUACAUCCAUGUGUCUACAAGAUAUCUACUGGUGUUCUAUAUGUGUAGAUUAUCUACAUAUAUAGAACACACAUUUUGGAAGCUUUUCAUAAGGUAUAGGCAUGAGAAUCUUGAGUUCGGAAUACAAUUUUCAUCCUGCGAACUAAUUUUUGAUGUUCAGCAAAAUUUUCCCCUUUCGCGUUCCGUUCAAUAUUGACGGAAACGGCAUCUCAUCUCGAGCACCAGACGAUGCUACACGUUGGUGGGAAACCCCUAGAAACAUGACCACAACACUGCUAAAUUUGGGUUAAUUAAUAAAACGUUCUUGCCUUAAGGAAGUGGCGACGUGGGAAAUCCCUCCAUGGUUUUUACUCUGCCAAACAUCAGACAAUUUUUCUGGUCGGUAGAAAUUCCUAGGAGUGGGCAUGGGUCGAUUUCCACAUAUGUGUCUCUCAAAGGCUGGUCGGCUCUUGUGCAUGCUCGGAGCCAAAUACCAUUAUACCAUUGAAAAAGUAGCUAAGAUCUACCAAAAGAGCAACUUUUUUGUAGAAACGAAGCACAAAAUGGUUAUAGUUUAUCACUGUGACUGUAUAAUUGGCUGGUUUCAUAAAUUCUGAUUGGCUAGAAUUAUAACCCGGUUAUUUCAGACAAUAAAUACAAUCGAAUAUGCAAUCAAACUGCAAAAAUACUUCUUUUUUUUAAAUAAUCAACGCAAUUUUCGUAAAAUUCUCGUAAACUGCGAAGAGGCCAAGAAGAAGCCAUCCUAGAAUGAAAAUAAGCCAAAAAGGAUACCUCUUUCUCAGG